AUGAAUGGGCGAUCGCUUUUGGAGGCUAUUUGGAACACUUACCAAGUCGGCGACAAGCAGCGAAUCAAAUUCUUUGCUGAUUGCAACGAAGUGGGACAAAAUCAAGUUCCCUAUGCUCAGCGCGUGCGGAACAUAGGACGCCACCCAUGCAACUGCCGUCAGCAAAGUGGUGUCAAGGCAACCUACGUUGCAUCUUGCAAACACAAAGGCAUAGUCGAGGGUGUGCGUGGAGAACCCUGGCUCGUCACUCCGACACCAGAUGUCUUAGGCGAGAAGAAGGGUCCCUUUUUGGUUGACAACGCUUUGCAGAUCUGGAAGAAGGAUCAAGGCAUUACUUGGAGCACCAAGGGAUAUGAAUCAAAGUGUGCUGACUUCAUCCGUCAACAUCAGGAAUUCAACGAGGUGUUUACAGACUGGCGAUCAUACGAGUCUGCGAGGGCAGUGUACAAUGCGCUAUCCAAACGAUGGGACCUCAUGAAGACAAAUUCCACGAAUCUGGACACUGUUGGAAUGUUUGCGAAGGUGAUGUCAGAGCAAACAGAUUUUUUACAUCCCAGGCUCAACAAUUCAGUGAUCCUCCAGAACAUUCAGUUCAUGAUCUCGACUGUCACGACGAGCCUAUGGGAUGGUGUAUCCGACCAUGAAGUCAAGCUUCUCAUUGUGGAAUUGUCAAAGCUCUGCGUACCUUUGCUUGAAGACAACGUUGAGGAAUCAUGGGUCUUUGACACGGUGUCGAAGAAACAUCUCUUUAGUCGCAUGUGGACGAUUAUGAAUGGCAGUGUGGUGACAUUUGGUUCUGGCCCCAGCACUGGUACCAAGAGGAGUGGCAAGGAGAACCAGCAGCCCAAGAAGCGAGCCAAGGCGAAGGCCAAGGCAGGUGCAGGUGGCGGCUCUGCAAAUGCUGGUUCAGUGCUGGCCAGCAUCCAGAUGCCAGAGGAGAAAGACCUCACCGCCACGACCAUCAAAUGUGAAGUUGGAGUGCGAAGCAAACUUUGGAUCGAUGAUUUGCUGCAGUGUAUCCGACACAGCGUGGACAGUUUGAAGAAGCUGCUGAGGGGCGAUGCUGACUCAUUUGAUUUCGAUUCCCUCCGGUCUCGGAUGCUUCGCCUGGGCCUCUUGUUUUGCUUCACUGGCACAGUGAAAGUUUCAACAGCCCGAGGCUGCAAGGCGCACAAGAAGUGGUCGGGACUACGGGCAGCGUUGAAAGAGUACGCUUUGUGGCAAGUGGUCCAGGACAUGAGAGGUUCUCUGGAAGCAGCCAUGCACGCGGACGCAGCAGGUGGCGCUUGCGCUGGUCUUCAAAACCUGGAAGCAGCUGUCAGCAUGCAUCAGGAGACCAACACGGCCAACAAGCUCAAUGUCAACGAUAAGUUGAAACAAUGGGCGCCUGCAGUUGAGCAGUGGCUUUCUGGUGAAGCACAGAGCCCUCUUCGUUCAGACAAUCCGCUGAAAGUCUCUCUCCAUGCCUCCUUUGGAAAGAUCAAGGCCAGUGUGCUCUACUCCAGUUGCACUUGUCGACGUGGUGCCAGUGGCAACUCGGGUGUUGAAAAGGAUGGUGAGACGAGCACAUGUUCAAUCCAUGCGGACAAGGUGGUCUUGACCGAUGUGAUGUUUGAGGUUGCGAAGCAAGUGCAUGAGGUGUUCAACGACCAGUUCAUUGCAUUUGCCAACCUUUUGGCUGAAGAGACU